AUGACGGCCUAUCAAGCGCUGCCCUCGGAGCGCCAGAGGCGUCAACGAAGCCUCGCAGCGACGCUGGUCUGCCCAGAGGAACUUCAAGUCGACGACGGCAGAGUCAAACUUGAUGAUGCGUUGAAGCGGAGCUUUAUGCGGCUCCUACGCCUCGAGCUGCAUCUCAGCCCAGUGCCCCAGCUGGUGCAGCUGGCAGACGGACUGGAAGGUUUGGAUGGCCUCGAGGAGGGCAAGAUGCCAACCCAACGUUUCACACUGCCGUUGCCUGAUGAUGCCCGGGUGCUGGGCUUCAGGUAUUGGGAA